GGCCGGGCCUAUAAGAGCGGCGGGCGAGCCGCCCGGCCCGUCAGCUUCCCGCAGUCGCCUGCCGCCGCCAUGAGGGAGAUCGUGCACAUCCAGGCCGGCCAGUGCGGCAACCAGAUCGGGGCCAAGUUCUGGGAGGUCAUCAGCGAUGAGCACGGAAUAGACCCCAGUGGCAACUAUGUGGGGGACUCGGACCUGCAGUUGGAGCGCAUCAGCGUCUACUACAAUGAGGCCUCCUCUCACAAAUAUGUGCCUCGGGCCAUCCUCGUGGACCUGGAGCCCGGAACCAUGGACAGCGUCCGGUCUGGGGCCUUCGGGCACCUCUUCAGGCCUGACAACUUCAUCUUCGGUCAGAGUGGGGCUGGCAACAACUGGGCCAAGGGUCACUACACGGAGGGCGCCGAGCUGGUGGACUCCGUCCUGGAUGUGGUGCGGAAGGAGUGUGAGAACUGCGACUGCCUGCAGGGCUUCCAGCUGACGCACUCGCUGGGCGGGGGCACGGGGUCCGGGAUGGGCACGCUGCUCAUCAGCAAGGUGCGGGAGGAGUACCCCGACCGCAUCAUGAACACCUUCAGCGUGGUGCCCUCGCCCAAGGUGUCGGACACGGUGGUGGAGCCCUACAACGCCACGCUGUCCAUCCACCAGCUGGUGGAGAACACGGACGAGACCUACUGCAUCGACAAUGAGGCCCUCUACGAUAUCUGCUUCCGCACCCUCAAGCUGGCCACGCCCACCUACGGGGACCUCAACCACCUGGUGUCGGCCACCAUGAGCGGGGUCACCACUUCCCUCCGCUUCCCCGGCCAGCUGAACGCUGACCUGCGCAAGCUGGCGGUGAACAUGGUGCCCUUCCCCCGCCUGCACUUCUUCAUGCCCGGCUUCGCCCCCCUCACUGCCCGGGGCAGCCAGCAGUACCGGGCCCUGACGGUGCCCGAGCUCACCCAGCAGAUGUUCGACGCCAAGAACAUGAUGGCUGCCUGCGACCCCCGCCACGGCCGCUACCUGACGGUGGCCGCUAUCUUCCGCGGCCGCAUGUCCAUGAAGGAGGUGGACGAGCAGAUGCUGGCCAUUCAGAGCAAGAACAGCAGCUACUUCGUGGAGUGGAUCCCCAACAACGUGAAGGUGGCCGUGUGCGACAUCCCGCCCCGGGGGCUCAAGAUGUCCUCCACCUUCAUCGGCAACAGCACGGCCAUCCAGGAGCUGUUCAAGCGCAUCUCGGAGCAGUUCACGGCCAUGUUCCGGCGUAAGGCCUUCCUGCACUGGUACACGGGCGAGGGCAUGGACGAGAUGGAGUUCACCGAGGCCGAGAGCAACAUGAACGACCUGGUGUCCGAGUACCAGCAGUACCAGGACGCCACGGCCGAGGAGGAGGGGGAGAUGUAUGAAGAUGAUGAGGAGGAGUCGGAGGCCCAGGGCCCCAAGUGAGGCAGCCGGGGACCAGGGCCAAGAGGGCUGUCCCCAGAGCCACACAGUCGCUGACGCCGCCCCAGCCUCGCCCCACAGCACAUCACCCUAGGCCCCCGAGUGUCUGUCCUUCGUAUUUGCAGCACUCCAUUCUGUCUUCCCUCCAUAGGUCCUUCCCAUUUUUGUGUUUCGUUUGUCUCUGCUUUGUCAGCUCUGGGUCUGAAGUCUCAUGUGUGUUUUUUUUAACUUGUUUGUGUUCAUAUUUGGGGGGAUACUUAAUAAAUUUAUUGCUGCCAGAUUC